CUGACUCGGCUCAUCCCCGCUGUGCGCCUAAAAACGACUAUCGACCGGUCGCCUGCGUUAAAGAGCGACUUCCACGCGGCGCACGUGACGCCCCAGCGUCGGUUUACGGCCGUUUACCUACACUGUAAAAAAUGUUAGUGUCAAAAUGACAAGAGUUGUGCCGAGACACACUGGUUUCAACCAAAUCAGCUCGGACCGGAGUCACGCCCCCUAGAAAUAAAUAAAAAGAAGACCAUGCAAAUACAGCACGGUCUCAGUGGCGGUGGAUGGGUCUGGGUUCGGAUCGGUGCUGAUCCAGAUCCAGUUUGUGCCACAUUAGGCACCGUUUUAUUUAAAAACGUUUCCUUGUGUGAAGCGCGUCGUCCGUCAAACAGGCGCCGGGUCCCAAUAAACGGCCGUGACCACAGGAGGACGAGGCCGUAUCUUUUGCAGCGGGCGAGGAACCGUCUGCAGCCGCGUUCACGCCACGGUUGUGGGUUUUGUGCGCGCGCAGCUCGACGACCUGCCAGAGCGGCGGCUGCGGGUUCUGCGGCUCGGAGGGAACGGGAUCCGCGCGGCUCCGCUGGAGGUGAGAGCUUCGCCGCUGCGUCGUCUGAGGAUCAGAUUCACAGCACAGGUGGUGGAACCCGCUGACGCGGUGACUGAUCCAGGGUCCGUCCGCGUCCGCGUCCGCGGCUGCAGAGCUCCAGGUCCAUGGCAGGUUCACACAGAGCUGCGCAGCGCUUCGUCCCCUGCGCUGCGCUCAUUCUGCUCCUCAUCUUCAGCCAAGCAUUAAAGCACAAGUGGCAGGAAACCCGGCACAAAAGACGGAUCCUGGAUUCCACAGAGAUGCCUGUCGAGCACAUCGACCCAUCCGCCAUCGACCUCACUCCGCUGGUCAACGCCUUGAUAAAUUCCAGCCAGUCAGGCUCGCGGCAGCUCUUCUCCCUGCUCAGUGUGACGUCAUACAGCUCUCUGGCGCUACAUAAGCUCACCCUGUUGGUCUACAACAUUUCCAGCAUCAAAAAUGUAGAAAGCAACAUGUUCAGAAGAAGAUUCUGCUACUGUGUCACCAAUGACACCAACGAUUUAACAGGUGGGAUCAUCAUAACGUUCGGCCUUAGCUGUAAAGUGUCUUCAUCGUUCGACGUGUUGUUGCUCAGACUUCACAGCCAUUCUGCUGGAUGUGAUGGGAAACUCCACCAGUCACCUGCACGAGCUCUUCAAGUCGUCCUCCAUCGUAUCCGUGAGCCAGAGGAACAGCUCCGACUGCAUCUACAUCUGUGUGAUGGCCGGGAAGACGGAGAGGUUCUGGAGCUGUGGGACUUCAACGCCGCCCCGCCGCUCUUCAAUCAGACCAUCAUCGAGGGGCCUCACAGAGCAGCUAACAUCUCCUCCUUCAGGCUCCCUGUCGAAUGGCACCAACUGCCCACGAAUCUGAGUCACAUCUCUCCAUCUGGGACGAGCUCUCUGCUGACGAGCAGAGUCCAGUCCACUGCAGAUGAAUCGUUGACGGUUGAGCAUGAAAACGCUCCGACGGCAUUGGUAACCCCUGCACGGGCACUGGCCACGCCCCCACGGACCACACCUCCACUGGCCACGCCUCAGCGGGCCACGCCCCCACGGACCACACCUCCACUGGCCACGCCUCAGCGGGCCACGCCCCCACAGACCACACCUCCACUGGCCACGCCUCAGCGGGCCACGCCCCCACAGACCACACCUCCAUUGGCCACACCCCCACGGACCACACCUCCACUGGCCACGCCUCAGCGGGCCACGCCCUCACAGACCACACCUCCACUGGCCACGCCCCCACGGACCACACCUCCACUGGCCACGCCUCCGCCUGCAGCCGAGACCACACCACGUUGGACCUCACCCAGAGUGACUGCAGCCCUGCAGCCGAGCCCGGCAGCAGCCCCGCCGCCCUCCACCCUGCCAGUCAGCGCUGUGGGCCCGCUGCCCACGGCGCCCCCCACACCUGCAGCACUCUCCCCAGUAGUUGGUCCGACCCAGACCGCCACCGACUCACAACCCACCACACACGCUGAGAGCGGGAGAACCACGAUACCCAGCAGGCCAGAGGAAACGGAGAAGCCAGGUUGUCCGUGGCGCCGGCCGGAGCGCGUUGGCGGCGUCUCCCCCGUCUCCACCACCGUCGCCGCCCACAAGCUGCAGCCCUGCGUCCUGGAGCUGUGCAGGUUCUUCUCCCAGUGCCUGUGCCGGCCGUCGGCCCACAAGGCGCGCAUGAAGAGAUACUGUGACGACAGUCACCUGUGGUACGAGCGACACACGUCUGAGCUUUGCCGGCGCGUCCGGAGGAUCUCCUUCUCCAGAAAUCUGAAGCAGAGAUGCCUGACAAAGAUGUGCAGCAAACUGUGACGGCCGCCGACAAAGAGCUGUUCAGCCCGCGACUCCAGGAUGCGUUGGUUCCAUCUGUCGCGCUCAUGUUUUAUCCUACGCACAGUUUGAAUUAGCUUCUAGGGCCGAGCCGGCCGCACGAACCAGCACUAUUUAUGAGACUUAUUUAAAGCCGAGGAGACGCUUGUCUUUGUACGAAGGAACUAUUUUAGCUUUUUCUGUCAUCAGUUGAAUAAAAUUCUGGCUGCAGUUUCUGCUUCUGAUGCUUCA